AUGAUUCGCCACGCCUCCACCGGCCUACUCUCCCGCUCCAUUGCCACCGGAGUCCAACACCGCCACUUCUCCUCUACCGAAGUCCCGGCGGCGGACGAGCUAUUCAUGAUGGCCUGGAAGAGAAUAAUGCCAAAUUUGGACCCGCCCAAGACUCCCUUGUCUUUCGUGCGGCCGCGGCCGUCCUCUAUUUCUGCGGCGGACAUUGCUUCGAAGCUCACCGUCAACUUGGUUUCUCCAUACUCGGAAUUCUCGAACAGAGAGGUUGACAUGGUUGUAGUACCUGCGACAACAGGACAGAUGGGUAUUCUUCCUGGACAUAUGGCAUCAAUCUCAGAGCUAAAACCCGGUGUCCUGUCCAUUCAUGAUGGGGAUGAUGUAAAAAAGUACUUCAUUAGCAGUGGUUUUGCAUUUAUCCAUUCAAAUUCCGUAGCUGAUAUAAUGGCCACCGAGGCAGUGCCAAUUGAGCAAGUUGACCCUGCCUCUGUACAGAAAUGGCUCGUCGAGUUCACUCAGAAGUUAAGCUCAGCCUCAACAGAUUUGGAGAAGGCUGAAGCCCAAAUUGGAGUGGACGUGCUGGUUGCUUUAAAUUCUGCUCUCUAA